AUGCAGAGAUUAGAUGCACAUAAUCCAGGUUUUUUUUUGUCAUCAAGUUAUUAGGUGCUUAUAAUUAUUUUGAGGAGUGAUUUCGAUAGAUCGGUUGAAGAUAGAGUCGGACGUUACGAUUGAUGAUUUUUUGUAUGAAGCGGUUGUUUUUUUUUUAAAGAGCUUAUUUAAAUGAAUUUUCAGUUCAAACGUGCCAAUGGCGGCGAGGAGUCAUACCGAGACCGUUCGUUUCGAAUAAAUUUUGGCCGAAAACUUUUUUUUUUCAGUGGUUAAAUAUAAUGAGAAGGCCGAAGUGUCGUUCUCGAUAAAUGAGGUCAAAGUUUAUAAUCCAGAUAUUCAAAUGCAAGUCCCUAGUUAUCCAUUCUCUUCAUUUUCUGCUCAUUUGCAGAUGUAGUAUGAAAGAAAUCCAAAAGCGGCGUUUUCCGGACCUUUCCAACGACGCUUUGUCCAAAGAAUGCAGCACUAUACAGAAAAUUAUAGCUUCCUACGUUCUUUGUUGGGAUGGUCAGUUUGGAAAAGAGUUUUGGGGUUGAUUGGGGUGGAAAAUAAACCUUCAUGUAGCUCAAGAAAAAUGAGAAAUAUAGCUCGAAAAGGCUUCUUUCUGUUGAAAAUAUUCAUUUAUAACCGGAAGUUCGAAAAAAAGGAAAGGUUUGACAAACUCGUGGCUCUAAUUUUUUUUCCUAAAUGAAAUUCCUACUGCCUCAUUUUCAAGGAAAAGGAUCUUUCAGGAAAUUUAUACAUUACGCUGAACCCCCAAGUCCAUGUAACAGUUUAAAAAGAGAUCUUCGUGAGUCUUCGAAACAUUGUUUAAAGAAGUCUUGUAAAACCUGAAAAUUCCAAUUAAAAGACGCUUUCGUGAUAAGUUAACUAUCUCUUAGGGCUCGACCACUUGUUCUGCGGCCUCUCAAGCCACAAAAGUGCGGCCUGGCUCUACAUGCCGCCCCUCGCCUCCUUCCUUCUACACAAAUUGUUCACGCCGAGGGUCGAGGUUCUGAAAUCCCCCGGAACCUUUUAAAACCCUCCAUAUUUUUGAACAGAGAAGGGCGCCCUUGAUCAUAAUCGUCACGAAAACGAGAGAAUUCGCCAAAAAGGCUUUCCACGAAGUGCGCGACUCCCUUGGGGACUGCAAGAACAAAGUGACGAUCUUGAAGCUUUUCGAUGACGGUCUCCUGCCUGAAGAAGGUAGGACAUUGGGGAGUCCGCCUGAAAAAGAAAUGAAAGUUUUCAGUCGACCCUGCAAUAUUCCAAGAGAACGUCCAGUUUCAUCAGGGUAAGGUGAGCUUUUGACAGAUUUUGAACGUGUAUUUGAGUUCAAUCAGUAAUAAAGGAGGUCGGAUAUUUCAUUUCCAAUGGAAUAUCCAUUUCCAAUUUUCUAUCAUGUUGGUCGUUUCAUUCUGUUUGAAAGCUCUUACUUUUGAAGAAAGUUUAAUCGAGCUCAGGAAUUCCGAUCCCUAUACACUAAGAAUAACUGACGAGAUAAACGCGAGGUCGGUGGCGGUACAUUGACGAACUCGCAAACAUCUCGCUUUUUUCUAGGCGCGCUCUCGCAUUUCUCUCGGCGCGACCUCGCAUUUUUCUUGGCGCCAUCUCGCAUUUAUCUCGCAUGUCGGAAAUUUUCAAAUUGCGAAAGAAUCGCGAGCUCGCGCCUAGAAAAAUGCGAGCUUGCGCCCAGAAAAAUGCGAGACCGGCGCGAGAAAAAAAAGCGAGAUGUUUGCGAGCUCGUCAAUGUACCGCCAGUGUCUCGCGUUUAUCUCGGCAGUUAUUCUUAGUGAAUAAGGUUAGGGAGGAAAACAACCACUAUAGGAGCCGAAAAAGUGGUCCUUUAGGGAUAAAAUUAAGUUGGUCCCUAUAGGGGUCUAGUCUCAGACUCCUUAGCCCUAAAGCUCAAGUGGACCCUAUAGGUGUUUUUCAAUUUCAAUUUCAUUCAGAAAACGCUUAUUCAUUGUUUUUUUUUCCGUGGAAAUGCUUCUUCGCUUAGAGUUCAUAAAACAUCGACUAACAUGUCCCCUAUAGAGGUCACUAUAGGGACCACUUUUGCAAUGUCUAGUGGUCCCUAGAGAGGACCCUCCAAAAGCCCUAGGUUGCUCCUAUAGGGACCACUCUUGAGCUCCUAAAGAGUGUUACCGAAAAGGCGUUUUGCGGCAAAGUUUCUCCAUGGAAAAUAGUCAUUUUUUGCCUUUUUUCCCCUCAUAUGAUACUCUGUCAUUGAAACCUCCAAUCAUUGAAAUCUAUAUUUUGAUGAUAAUUAGAAAAACUGUACACAUUUUCCUGUGCUAAAAACUUUUACGCGAAUUUCAAUUUUCUAUUUACAAAAAUCAUGGACUUUCAUUCAAUUUCAAGCUUCAUUCCCAACGAAAACUCCGCAAAAUGUCCCCAGAAUCUCAAUAUUUCACUGUAAGUAUGAAAAAAAAAACUUUUCAUUCAUCCAUUCCAGGUGGACAUUGUCAUUGGCACUUCAACCGAGGUCCUGAAAUAUCUGAAACUGAGGAUCUCAGAUGUGAGGACUAUUUUUUCCAUAGUUUUGAUAUUUCCCAAUUUUCAGAGGACUUUGUUUCAAAUGGAAAUGCGGUAUGUUGUUAUCGAAGAAGCCCAAUUUCUUGACGGUGCUAACGAAUUUUCGACUGACGUCGAGACAAUUUUCAGGACAAAUUUGAUUUCAGAGGUUAGCUUCACAUUUUCUUUAUUAUAACUGGCUGGAUUUCAAAUUUUCAGAGGUUAGCUUCACAUUUUUUUAUUAUAAUUGGCUGGAUUCUAAAUUUUCAUGGACACAGAAGAGUUCAUGAAUAUUUCGGGAUUAUUUAGAAAAUUUUCAGGGCAUUUUGACAUUUUUUUCAGUUAUUUGGGAACAGCUAAAUAUUUAUUGGGACAUUCCAAAAAUUCAGUUUUUUUGUUCAGGUUUCAUGAAAAAGAAUUAAAGUUUCAAGUAGACGAUCAACAGAAUGUGAUAACCUUAUGAAAUAACAGAAAAGUUUUAUUUUUCCUUUCUAUCCGUGUUUUUUUUUUUGAUUUUGAUUGAAAUUUUAAAUUUUAAAGCUGCUCCAUUUUUAACAGAUUUGAAAUCCCAUAGUCGAACGAAAAUUGGUCCAGCGUGCGAUUUAUUUCAAAUGCGCCUGACCGAAUUCGACUUGCGCGAGAUGAUGUCAGAGUUUUAUCCGUUAACGAUCUUUUUUUGUAAGCGAAAUCCCUGUUGCAACGCGUCGCUCUGAGCCAUUCCACAUGCGACAAGAAGUUUUUAACUCGAAUAUCAUAUAUUUUAUUCAAGGCUAGAUUUGAUAAUUUUAUGAUUUUUGAUCGUAAUUUUAUCAUUCCGCGCUCAAAUUAAUUUCGGGGAGUUCGAAAUUCUCUGCGACUUUCCGGGUUGCAUAAUAAGUCUUUAACAGGGUUACGCGGAAAAAAACAUGGGUUGAAAUUUUUUUGAAAAAGGGUUAUAUGUUUUAUCAGGAUAUAAUUGAUUAUAGGGAAUCUAGCAGUAUUUGAAAGAUGAAAAAUCGAAAAGUUUAUUUAGAUUAAAGCUACCUUGGUUUGGAAAAAUUUCAAAAAAAUAAUUCUAUUUUCCGUGUUCCUUAAAGUAGUUUUCAGCUUUUUUGUAAAUAAACGCGCCCUCUCUAGAGUUAGUUUCUCGAUUUUUCUUUUCUUCCAAAUACAGAUGGCUAUCAAAAUUCAGAAUAUUUUGAGGCCAUUCCACGAUUUUUGUUUCCCUCCGAGCUAGACAGUCAUUCCGUUCCAAGCGCGCGGGAUGUUCUCUGCAUGCUUUUUAUAUGGCCUAUUAUUCCCGUUAUAUUAAAGGCGCAGACAGAGAUAAUACCACGCGCAUCGAAGGGAAGCGUUCUGUAGCUCAGAGGAAAAGGAAAAUCGUGACAAGCUGGCGCGAACUGGGCUAUAAAAUAAAAACUGUCCUCUUUGAGGAAGGUUCAAUGGCCUGUGCGAUGAUGUUCGCCGACGCCUUUACUGACUUAACACCAUCCAGAGUCUUUGUCUCCGGCUUGUUUUCUCGCAAAAUUUGUUACGUCCUCGCACCUUUGAGGUUUUUUCUUUCUCUUUCAAAAAAACCUUCUCAUUUUAAACUCUCAGAGCAAGCAUUUUUGAAUACAUAAAACUACACGACAUUUUGCCACCCGGCGUCCGCCAAGAAAAAUUGGAGUUUGCGAUGUUGCGGCGUUUGCAGAGCACCGGCAAAAGUUUCCAUUUGGAAAGGUUUUCCGCGAUCGACGACGUGGAGAGAGAGGUUCGUUUUUCGUCUUCGAAAAAGUCGUAUUUUUGACCCAACAAAAAAGGUUUAGUGAAGAUUUUCAAGCUAGGCUUUGUUUGAGUGUCCAGAUGAGUACAGGCAAAACUUAAGGCGUGGAGGCAUUUUUUGCUUAGAAAUUGUGAAAUGAAGUGGAUGGGUUCAUUUCAUAUGGUCCAUGGCUGGUUAAGUGCAUCAUCCAGUAAAGUAGGAGUCGAGACGCUUUUUUUUUUGAAUUCUUAGCAAUAUUUUCCAAGGUGCUCGAAAACAAGACGAUCCAAAAGCUGAGACUCCUGUCGGCCAUCAUCUCCCAAGUGGACACACUCCGAUCCGAAAAGAAUAGAUCCUUCUUCCCAAACCGGGAUAGUUAGUUGAAGAUGAAUUGAAAUCGAAAACUUUCUCGUCUCCUAGGGAAAUUUCGAGCCGAAAAAGUUCUGGUCGUCGCCGGAACCUCGCGAGAAGCCGAGGCUACCCACGCGUUCAUGAAAAUACGGAAAAGUUGGUUCAAAAAAAACAUCGAAGUCUUGACGAGGUGAUAAAAAACAUCGGCUGGUAGCUCUCUGGCCGCAUUUGGAAUGGCUCGAGGCGUUUGGGUUUAAUCCAAAAGAUUUGGUGUCCUAAAGCACCUUCCAACGGGUUUACAAAAAGCUCUCAACCAGAAGUUUUCAGGCCUUGUAAGUAUUUUGCAGUCGAGCCAUUCUAAGCGCGACCAAAGCUUAUUAAGCUCGAAUAAAGCUGCAAUAAAAACAAAAAAUGAAACUGGGGUUUUGAAGCGACACGACGGAAGACAAGGUGGAGGAGCUCAACCACGGAUUCCGCAACGAAGCGAUCGACGUUCUCGUCACGGACUAUGCAUCUUUGCCGGAUAUUCAGAGGGGCAUCGUCGAUACUGUUCGUUUCAGCUUUUCUCAGAAAGAAUCUCGGUAGAAAAAGAAAUUUUCACCUUUAAAACAAGAGAAACAGAGAAAUCAAAGAAGAAAAGAAACAACAGGUUCAUGAUUCGUGUCUUGAUUAAGAUUGAAAGAUCCAACGAAAUUUCGGUAGAAAAUUUUAAAUUGAUUAUUUUGAAGCCUUUUCUGUGAGCAAUCGGUUAGGGAAAAGCUGAAGAGGUGUUCCAGGGAUUCUUUUUAAAAAGGAAAAACAGUUUUGAUAACGGAUAAAGCGUUUUUCAUUGAAACCAGGGUGCCAAGUUUUUGCUAAUCGGACAUUUGUGUUCUGAAAAAACAAAUGUCUAGCAGGUAAAGUUUCAAUAUCCUUUACGGCUCACGUCAAUUUCAGUAGCACACCAAGCAAUAUUUUAAAAACCUUCUUCAAUUUCAUUAUUCUUCUCAAUCAAGAAAAAGCUAAUCAUCGAAAUGAGUGACGUCAAAAAUAAAUGAACUUUUCGGAAUAUGCUUCAAUUGCUCAAAAGUUUGAAAAAUGUUACCGUUGAGUUGUGAGAGAGAGGAAGAGAAGUUCAAACAGAGACCAGAACGAGAAAAAAAAAGUUGAAAACAACGAAAACAGGUUUAUCUGUUAUCUUUCUAGAGAUCUUCUGAAUUUCGGAUAAUAUAGACCUGGUAAUUUGUAGGUGGUUCUAAUGGACCAGCCGGAUGAGGGGUUCUUCGGCGUGAUCUACGAAGACACCCUGAGGAAGCUCGUUUCCCGCAACAUGCUCAAUCUCAAGCUCCACAUCAUGGUCGACGUCGAACACGACGUGAAACAUGCCCGCAACUUGGGCCGUGUAGGAUUCCUUCAGCUUUCAUCCGAUAUAAUUCAAUGAUUCAGUUCCUAUUGAAAAACAACGCUGAAGUGCCGCAGUUCCUUUUGGACAUGUUCCGAGCAGCCAAAUCUCAGACUCCUCAAGGAAGCUCUACCUCAGCAAAUUAA